GUCAUCAAUCUUCCUGACAAUUCUUUACUUCUGAGUCUGUUGCACAUUGUCUUUUAUUUAAAUCUAAUUAAUGAAUGAACAAAAUACUUCAAACCAAACUCGCAGGUCUGUGUUAGCUCAUGCACUGCGCUCCACUCGCCACUGAUCCCAGGUCCUCGGCUGCAGGCUCCGGUGUGAUGUAACAGGAAGUGGUGGGUUAGCCUUCCAACGUCAACCUGACAGCCGCCUCGUCUGCGCUCAUUGAGCGCCGGAGAUCCCCAGCGUUUGGUGCUCUGCGCUCAAGACAGAAGACACAAGCCCUGAGAGAAUCUAUUCCAGCGCUGCUGUUGGAUUUGUAAUUCUCCGAUCUGCAGCUGUUAAAUCAUCGACCAGCUUUGACAUGGCCAAAAGGAAGAUGGAUAACAUUGUGCGGAAUGUGAUGGUGGCACUCGUACUGCUGUGUAAUCUAACAAAGAUUUUUGUGACGGCAAGCCUGGAGGUGAAUGAAACCCACCAGCAGCAGCACCCAACCCACGUCUACCAUGACAUAGGAGUUACCAGGAACAAGAUAGUUACAGCGCAGUUUGAGUGCUAUCAAAAGAUAAUGAAGGACGAUACCCAAGGCAGAGAAGAGCCCAUGUGUAAUCGCACUUGGGAUGGCUGGCUGUGUUGGGACGACACCAAUGCGGGUGUGAACUCAGAGCAGCACUGCCCCGACUACUUCCAGGAUUUUGAUCCUUCAGAGAUAGUUACAAAGAUCUGCACCGACAGUGGUCUUUGGUUCCUGCAUCCAGAGAGCAACCGGACAUGGACCAACUACACCCGCUGCAAUCUACACACCAAUGAAGGCAGAGUGACUGCAAUGAAUCUUUUCUACUUGGCUCUCAUAGGACAUGGCCUGUCACUGACCUCCCUCUUGGUCUCCCUCGGGAUAUUCUUCCAUUUCAAGAGUUUAAGUUGCCAAAGGAUCACGCUUCACAAAAACCUCUUCUUCUCUUUUGUUUUGAACUCUGUGAUCACUAUCAUUUGGUUGACAGCGGUGGCAAACAAUCAGGAGCUGGUGCAGAGGAAUCCAACGAGCUGUAAAGUGUCCCAGUUCAUUCAUCUCUACCUGUUUGGCUGCAAUUACUUCUGGAUGCUGUGCGAGGGAAUCUACCUGCACACUCUCAUCGUGGUGGCUGUGUUUGCUGAGAAGCAGCACCUGAUGUGGUACUAUCUUUUAGGCUGGGGCUUUCCUCUAAUUCCGGCUUCCAUACAUGCCGUUGCUCGAGGUUACUACUACAACGACAACUGCUGGAUUAGCUCCAAAACGUCGCUACUCUACAUAAUCCAUGGUCCCAUCUGUGCUGCUCUUUUGGUCAAUUUGUUCUUUCUACUGAACAUUGUGCGAGUGCUCAUCACCAAGCUGAAGGUGACCCACCAAGCGGAGUCUAGUCUCUACAUGAAAGCUGUGAGGGCCACCCUCAUCCUGGUGCCUCUUCUGGGAAUCCAGUACGUCCUGCUCCCCUACAAGCCAGGGGGACGGGUGUCCUCCGAGAUAUACGACUACAUCAUGCACAUACUGAUGCAUUACCAGGGUCUGCUGGUGGCCACCAUCUUCUGCUUUUUCAAUGGAGAAGUCCAAGCGGUUUUGAGGAGGCACUGGAACCAGUAUAAUAUCCAGUUUGGAAGCAGCGUAGGAAACCACUCGGAUGCCAUGCGUUCAGCCUCCUACACAGCUUCCUCCAUCACAGAGGUACAGGGUUGCUACAGCAUCGACAGCCACACAGAACACAUGAACGGCAAGGGCUGCCACGACGCCGACGCCUCUAUCUUAAAGACAGACAGCCCUUUCGCCUGACCACAACGCUCCUUCCAAGCCCCCCCCCAUUCCCCUCCUUAAAAACUGCAGCAUGUUUGGAGCGCAGUGUCAACCAGGGAUACUCACCUCUUCCUUUACAUACAAUAUAGGAAGCAAUGAGUGAGGAUAUGGAUUGUAUACCCAGGCUCCCAGCCACCUGAAGGAAAUCGUCACCUCUCUGUCACACCGACACAGACCAUUUAACAGUACUGUACGGUUGUACAGCUUGAUACAACUAUUCCUGCGCUGUGUUUUGUCUACAAUUUGACACUGAACUGCUUCACUUGACCUAAGAUGCACUCUGAUAAUCACAAUAUUGUUGCGACCUUUUCUGCCUGACAAAAUUGUUUUUAAAUGGAUUCAUAUUAACUGCUUGACUGUCCUUUUGGGGUCAUGUUGUGCACAAAAAAGCCUUUGGUUACACUGUAAAAAAAUGUUGACAUGGUUAGUGCCAAACCAAGAAAUCUUGCUUGCCUCAUUUAUUUUAUUUUAAAAUAGAAUUAGAACGAAGAUAGGACGUCUAACAGGUGCAUAACAAUAUAUUACAGCGAUAUUAUAUCUUUCACAUGUUAAACUUAAUUUAUCUGAACGUAUAAUUGUUUAUUGAAUGAAGAAGUAAUAAAUACCAUACAGUAUUUAUUGAAGUUGAUAUGCUACAUGUUUUCAAAAUUAGUCGAAUACGACUUGUUGCCAGCUUCAUGUAAAUGUUCUAUGUAUUUCUUGUUUGUUUCAGUGUUUGUUUCUACGUGUGCAGUUAAUGCAGAUGAUUUACGGAAUCAUACCGUUAGCUAGAAAUUGUUAUCAUGCUAAUAUUUCAGCGUGUUUAAAGUGAUCCUUAGUGACCUGUGCAUCCUGUAAACCACAUGAUAGGUUGUAAUGUAACUUGUAAACACAAUAUUAUCACAAGAAGCCAUCUUUAAAUCACAUGUACUCCAAUAUACACUCAUUACACCUGAAUGUAACAGUGAAGUUAGAAGACUUGGCUUCCAACAAAAUAGGUAUCGCAUUCCCCUUCACUGCUCUCUUUAGCCUUACUCCUCUGAGAUUCUUUAGAUAUAACCACUAUAUAAGCAUUACCGGGUGUUCGGACUUAAAACAGCACUGUAGUCAAAUAUGAUCCAGCAAUGCCAGUUUGAGUGAUACAUCCAUGACUUUUAAAGAAAAGGUUUGGAUUUUCCAGGUCCAUUUUAACACAAUACUUGCAUACUAUUCAAAGGGUUAUUGGUUGCUGAAUUAUUUCCCUCUGUUCGUAUUGGCCGUGAAUCAAUCCCGUCAUAGUGCAACUACACUGUUGGGACGAAAUCCACAGUCCCUGGUGCAGAAACUGAAAAAGUUCACCUGACGCUAAUGUUGUUAACCAAAUCAAGUGAGUUUGUACCUGCUAGCUACUUGCUAACCGACAACUCUUUCAGUAUUAAUGUGCAACAUAUCCUAGCAUACAACGGUUCAUAUGAUAUUUUACGAGAGGUUCUUUUUGUGUGUUUUUCUACGAAUGUACAGCCAAACUGUGCACAAAUCAGUGCACAAUCCCCUACGGUGUUUAGGCGACAAAACUACUUGGUCAGGUUUAGGAAAAGAUCGGGGUUUGGGAUAAAAUAACUACAGAAGUGGGGUUGCUUAAGUUUGAAAGUCACAUGACGAAUUGAUUAGGUGGGUUAUAUACACAUUAUUAUGCAUUACUUGUCGUAGGUAUAGCUUCAAACAGUGUAUGAGAACAGCCUUACAUGUGAGUUUUGUGUUAAAAUAGAUUGGACAAAAUCCAAACCCGUUCUUCAAGGCUUAUCAAAACACCAAGACACUAGGGAAUUAUAACACCGUGAGGAAAUAUUGUACAACUCUGAGUUGUAGACCAUGGUGGAACUAAUUGCAUCCUCUGUCUCCUCUGAUUUUGAGGUGUGCAGUAGACAUUCCUGAAAUACACUUUUUGGCCAAUGUGUCUCCAGAUGUUGCUGGAUUUUAUUGCGUCAGGUUUGGCUUUUUUUGCCAGGGCGAGCUGACCUCAUUGAAAUAAAUGAGGGAGAUGCGUUUUCGUAGUGCUAAUGUCAGUCUGAACACACGCCUUAGUCAGAGGUAAUGAUAUUAUCAGGUCUCACAAGAAACAGUGCAAAAAAAUAAAUAGUACUGCAACAACCAUUCUUUGUAAAGCAUUUAGCUAAAGCAGGGUGUGUGUCAUCCGAUGUAAUAUUUUUUUGUAAAUCUAGCGUGUCUGAGAAGAGGGGAAGUUGAACAUAUGAGAGUGUGUGUGUGUGUAUGCAUGAUUUAUAUAUACAGUAUUUAUGAGUACCUUAUACUCUGACGCAUAUUCAACCACGAAGCGACUGUCUUUAUGUGACAGUGUGUGGGAUGUUGAUACAGAAGUUGUUUGUUCUACGUGUAUGUUUUAAAAAAAGGGAGGGUGUGAAAUAGCUUGCAACAAGCUACUCGUAUCUGUCUGCCCAUAUUAUUUGUCAUCAUCCUCGGUGGAGUCUGUCCACCUUUCUAUUUUGCCUGUAUUUGAAAAGUGAAAAAGAAAAGUAUCACUGCGUUCUGUGUAAGAUGUUCAUGCCAUAUUUACCAGAACAGACAUAAAUGUUUCCUGAAACAUUCACCGUUCCAUAGGGCGUGUUUUCUUUACUAUUUAAAUCUGUAUUUAAAACAAAAAAAUUCACAAUCCUGUGUCAGUUGCUUUUGUCUUUGAUGGGUCAUUUUGUUUUACAAUAAUUUUGAAUGUUUCAAAUAUUCUUGUCAUUAAUACGACUGUGAUGACUUACAGCAUUUGAGUCCACACACAACAGGUAGAGACAUAUUUUCAAGAAAUGUAUAUAUUAUUUUCUCCUGUGGAAAAGGAGUAAUCUUGGCUUCCAAUGUUCGAGGCAAAGAGUUCAUUUCAGACACAGGAAUAUAUUCUCAGUAUUCUUAGCAACAGGUGUCAUUGUCACGCAUACAGUUUAUACUUUUUUUAUGUCAGAUCUGCAGGACAGUUACUCCAUUGAAUCAUAAACUAUGCAGAUAACAUUUCUGCCUGUCACAGUUCUGAUUUGCAGCAAGCAAUUCAUGUUCAAUGAAGUCUUCAUAAACCAAGUCAUGUAUUGUGAAGUGGAUGCAUCAUAAUCUUUUAUGAAGCUACAGCAAUUUAAUCACAAAUGUGCAAAAGCUAGAGGCUUCUGUCAAAUGUAUUAACUCAUAUAAGUAUUAUUUUGGUUGUGUACAGUAUUUUAUGUAUGAUAUAUUUUCAUAUGGCUCUCCAAAGGGUUUGUAACGUCACCUGUGACACUUUUGGUGAUAUGUUGUACAAGUGCAACAAAAGCAUCAAGGGCAAUGUGUGUAGUUUUACUGUACUGUAUUUAACUUUGGUAGUCCUGACACAUUGACUCCUCACUGUUUGAUUGUAACUGGUUGUUCUAUAUAUAUACGUAUAUACAUGUGUAUAUAUACAUAUGUAUACGUACAAUGUGUGUUUUUUAUUAUUUCACUAAAUUAAACAAUUAGAUUACAA